UGUAUAUACACAGCAUGAGCUGAAGGACGUGAAGGUGAAAGACAGGAACGAGUGCUGUUUGGUGAGACCUCUGCAUUGAACCCAGCAGUAACAGAUUCUGUUCCCCAUCGCAUCCCUCUUCCUGAUGGUCAUCAUGAACCUAUUCACUCUAGUGCUGCUUCUGCUGACUCUCUCUAGAUGUUCCAGUGAAGUUGUAAACAGUUCCACCCAGACGUGUCCUCAGUUCUUUGCUGACCCAGGAGGAGCUCUGUCUCCUCCGACUGUAUUUCCAGGAAACAAUUACAAAGAGAUCUGCCAAAUUCUAGGUAACACAUAUGAAUACGCAACACUGUAUGACACAGCAAACAGGAUCCCCGUCUACUCAGCCUACAGGUUUAAUGGUUAUACACAAUGUACAAGACAAAGCAACUGGUAUAUUGAACCUCAGCUUGAAAACAUAAAUUAUAGCAAAAAGAUGGCAACUGAAAGCAGCGUGACCAACAUACAAAAUCAAGCUGUUAAUGACGACUACGCAAAUUCAGGCUAUGACAGAGGACAUCUGGCUCCGGUCCUCCAUGCCACGUCACAGAGCUGCUCUGAUGCCACCUUCACCCUCACCAACGCUGCUCCACAAGACAAGUCUUUCAAUAGAGGACAGUGGAGGAUUACAGAGAAAGCUGUGGCUGACACUCUGGUGCAGAAUUGUAAGGGAAAUUCAGCCUAUAUCGUCACCGGGGUGGUUCCUGGCACUGGUAAACUAAAGAACAGAGUUCGUAUUCCCAGUUACUUCUGGACCGCUUACUGCUGUCUAGACAACAAUCAGCAAGUGAAAGCUGCAAGUGGUUUCUUAGGACAGAACAAAAAUGUCCCAGUGCAGGAAAUGUCAAUCAAGAAUCUAGAUACAAUGCUGAGUGGUCUGUAUGGUCCAGUUUUCAAUGUAUUUGGUGGUAAAUGUAAUUAAUCCAGCUCUUCUCCUUGGAGGUUGGUUUUAACAUCCAAUUCAGUCUCAUCAAAAAUAAAAGAAAGACCUCCAAAUCAUGACGGAGAACAUCCUUUGCAACAAAACAUAAAAAAAAAUCUCUCUUUCUCUCUUUACUAUUUUUGCAUUAUGUACUUUUCAUUAAUCGAUUUCUGUCAAUGAUUUUUCGCAAAUCACUUUGUAAAAUGUUCAUUCUUAAUAUGUUUUUGACUUCAAUAAAGUGUGUGAAAGAA